AUGUCUGUCCCAACCACUGCUCGUGAAUAUCGAACCCAGGGUGAUGGCUAUCAGAACUUGAAGCUUCAAUCAACGACUCUCUCUAAGCCAAAUGCUACAGAAGUGACCAUCAAAAUACAUGCUGUCUCCCUGCAGUUUCGUGACUUGAUGGUUUCAAAAGGAAUCUACCCACAGCAAGAGCAUGACAUCGUUCCUUGUUCUGAUGGCGCAGGCGAGAUUGUGGCACUUGGGCAAGACGUCAAGGGGUGGAAAAUUGGAGAUCGUGUCUGUCCAAACUUUUCACUGGAUCAUAUCCAUGGCGAUAUCACUGAAGAAAUCAAACUAACUGGACUCGGUGGCCACAUAGAUGGCGUGCUUCGGGAAUACAUCAACGUUCCCGUUCACUCGUUGGUUCGCAUCCCAGAAUAUCUUUCAUACGAGGAAGCAUCGACUCUUCCAUGCGCGGCGUUGACAGCUUACAACGCUUGUUUUGGACCCGUCCCUCUCAAAGGCGGUGACUACGUCCUCGUUCUUGGUACCGGGGGCGUUUCGAUCUUUGCUGCCCAAUUCGCCCUUGCUUCUGGUGCUACCGUCAUCGUCACGUCAUCUUCUGACGAAAAGUUACAAGUUGCAAAGAAAUUGGGCGUGCAGCAUACCAUUAACUACAAGAAGAACGUUAAAUGGGACGAAGAAGUCUUGAACAUUACCGGCGGCCGUGGCGUUGACCACAUCGUUGAAGUUGGGGGGCCUAAUACUAUACUGAAAUGUGCCAAUGCCGUACGCUAUGCUGGGUGGAUUCAUGUCAUCGGCGUCGUGUCCGGGGGCGAUAACGGUAUUCCUGUGAUCUUUGCGAUCAUGAAAACGAUCACCUUCCGCGGAAUUUUGAUUGGCUCUGUCAAACAGUUUGAGGACAUGAACCGACUCCUUAUAGCGCGUCGAAUUCGCCCAGUGAUAGACAAAGUCUUUACCUUCGAGGAGGCUACUGAGGCUUAUGCGUACCUCGAGAGCCAGAAGCAUGUCGGAAAGGUAGUAAUCAAAUUGGUGUGA